AUGAAGGUCUCUCGCCACUUGAUCGUGGCCGUUGUGGCUAUUUUGUCAGCAUCUGUCGCUGCGCUGCCGGCAACCCGAUCGAGGGAUGACACGCAUCACACCAGCCCCAAUGGUGUUAGCAUCGGCUCUUGGGACCGUGGAAGCAGUAACGGCAUGCAGAGGACGUUCCACAGCCGGCGUUUGGCUGCUGCUGGACCGUGGCUCUCUCGGUCCACGCACAAGAAGACCUCAUACUUGAAGCAUGCCAGGAAGAAGCUGGCGAAGUCCACCUCCCCUUCGCCCGCUGACAACAACGGCAACAACAAUGGCAACAAUAACCGCGGCAGCGACAGCGGCAACCACAAUGCCAACUAUAACACGGGCCACUUGAUCGGAAACCACAACUCGAACGACAACCGCGGCAGCGGGAACGGCAACCACAAUGCCGACUUCAACAGCGGCAUCGGCGAGGGCAACUACAACGGCAACGCCAACACGGGUGGCGACAACGGCAACUCAAACGCAAGCUUCAACAGCGGCAGUGCGCAGGGCAAUGUCAACGGCAACGACAACCUCGGCUUCAACAACGGCAAUCGCAAUGGCAACGCCAACCACGGCGUGUCGAACGGCAACGCCAACGGAAACGCCAAUUGGGGGCUCACGAACGGGGACAAUAACGGCAACGGCAACGUCGGGUACGGAGAUGCAAAUGCGAACGGCAACGGGAACGGCGGCAGCUUUAAUGGUAAUGGCAAUGGACAGUACAACGAAGGUGACCGUAACGGUAACGGUAACGGCAAUGGAAAUGCUGGUACCAACAACGGCAAUGAGAACGGCGUCGACAAUUGGGGCAACGACAGCGGCAACGAGAACGGAAACGGUAAUGUCGGCCAGGACAACGGCAACCGCAAUGGAGACCACAAUACGGGCGAGAGCAACGGCAACAACAACGGCAACGGCAACGUCGGCGCUGAUAUCGGAAACUUCAACGGCAGCAAGAACUUUGUCGCUGGCACCAAGAACAAGACCGGCUCGGGAAACGGCAACAACAACCGUGCUUUCUCGCGAGGAGCCAGCGGAACUGGCAAUGGCAAUGGCAAUCACAACAUCGUGCUCGGCCAAGGUAACAGUGUGGGCAGCAGCAACGGCAGCCACUGUCGCUGCAAAAGCCCCGGCGGCGCUAACGGCAAUGGCAAUAGAAACCUCAUCAUCAGCAACGGCCAGAGCAUCGGCAGUAACACCGACCAAAACGGCACGGGUAACGGCAACAUAAUCCUUAGUAGCUCAGGCAUCGUUAUCGGCGAGGGUGCCUCCGACGGCAACAUCCAUCUGAAGUGA